CGCCCGCUGCUUCCGGUUUCAGGCCUGGCGAGCGUCUUAGCUGCUGCGGCGAGAGAGAGAGAGAAAUAGAGGGGAGGGAGUUUCAGUUUCAUCGCAAACGGAGAACAAGGAGGAGGGCAGCAAUGAUCUGAAAUUAAACCUUUUAAAUGAGGAAAACUACACAUCCGCUCAGGCGGAAGAGGGAGGGCCGAGCUUCAAGCCAGCCGUCGUUGAGAGCCGACUGCUUCGAAAACCGGUAGCACAAAAUUUUCAGCCCUCGUCUUUUUUUUUUUUUAAAGCCCUGCUACAUUUUCUUAAUUCGGAAUCAACCGGCGUUUCAAACAUAUAAAGAGGGGGCCGGAUAGCAUUAGUUUUUAUUUCUUUAUUGGCACGUACGUCUGUGAACCGGACAGGAUACCAAAAAAAAAAAGAAUUUCUUGCCCUCUGCCUUUUACAGAUUGGGACAGGAAACGUGACUUAAAGGGAGCUGAAAAUAUAUGCGGUGUAUUUUAUAUUUCCUGCUCGGCAAUCUCGUAGCUGUUUAUCCUGGUCCGAUUUCUUUCAUUUCUCGGCAAGGAAUCGCGAUUUUAAGGGAUAUUUUCCGCCUGCUUCUCGCGGUAGCGGGAGGUUAAGCCCCACUGCGGUAGAAAAUCGCUGAGCAGCGAAGACUGUGCAAAGGCUUGCUGCUCCUGACAGUAUAUAUAUAUAAUUAUUAGAAUCAGGUGAAUCUUAGCACUUUACUUUGUUUUUCUAGCAGUCGAUCUAUGCUUUGCUAUGGUCUAAUACGCUAGAGAACCCGGGACAGCAGUUUCCCUGCGGGCUGUGUACUCUUGCACUUUUUUUUUCCCGCUGGAGAAUUUUUACUAAUUUUUUUUUUUGAAAAAAUGAAAACCACCUGUUCCCUUUCGGGCUCUGUUCACCAUUCGAAAAGGGCGUUAGACGCUUUCUGUGGGGGCGUUUUUUAAGCGGUUUUUAAGUUUGUUUUUCGGGCUGCCUCUUGUGCGACUUCGCGCUGGUCAGGAACAGAAUGAAGGGGUGUAGGACUGGCACGGUGUAGGCGUUGGGUGUCUCUUCUCGAAAUUUAUUUUUAUUUUCAAAUGUGCGUCUACACACCCGGACCCGCUUGAAGGAGAGAGCAGCCUUUUUCCCCCUCGGUCUCUCUCUCUCUCGCGCGUGUGUGUGUGUACAUCUAUUUUUUUAAUUUUAUGUUUUUGGCUGGAGGGAUAGCUAACUCUCACUCGCACCCCAAUGAGGGAGUACAAGGUGGUCGUGCUGGGCAGCGGGGGCGUCGGCAAGUCGGCUCUGACCGUGCAGUUUGUCACCGGGACUUUCAUUGAGAAGUACGACCCCACCAUCGAGGACUUCUACCGGAAAGAGAUCGAGGUGGACUCUUCGCCUUCGGUGCUGGAGAUACUGGACACGGCCGGAACCGAGCAGUUCGCCUCCAUGCGGGAUCUCUAUAUCAAAAACGGUCAAGGAUUCAUUUUGGUCUACAGCCUGGUAAACCAGCAGUCAUUCCAGGACAUCAAGCCCAUGCGGGACCAGAUCGUGCGGGUGAAGCGCUACGAGAAGGUGCCGCUGAUCCUGGUGGGCAACAAGGUGGACCUGGAGUCGGAGCGCGAGGUGUCGGGGGCGGACGGCCGCGCGCUGGCGCAGGAGUGGGGCUGCCCCUUCAUGGAGACCUCGGCCAAGAGCAAGACCAUGGUGGACGAGCUGUUCGCCGAGAUCGUGCGGCAGAUGAACUACGCCUCGCUGCCCGAGAAGCAGGACCAGUGCUGCACCACCUGUGCCAUCCAGUGAGGGCGGCGCCGAGCGAGCCGUGUCUGGGGCCGGCGCUGAAGCAGGAAAAAAACAAAACACGCUGGAGGACGCCGCGCCCACCCAUUGCAUUGACGACCUUGACCAGCUCACGGGCCGCUGAGCUGAGCCUUGUACCUUGACCUCUGACCUCUGCACCAGGGGAGGCCAGCUCCCCCGUGCUUACUGACAAAACAAGCCUGUCAGGUUGGCCGCCAGGCUCCUGGGCCCAGACUCAGACUCCAGAGCACACCUGCUGUCUUCGUACGUGUGACAUAAACCGUGUAAUAGCAUAUACACUAGUUUAAAAUGAUGCUUUGGGGUGGGUAUUGCGAAUUUGUAAUUGAGGUGUGGGGAGGGGGUGUCAUUUGCUCAGGACGUUUCAAUAUGUCAACCAUCCUGGAAGGUGCUCAGUCAGUAUCUCCAUUCUUUUUAUUAUUAUUUUUUUCUUUUGCUAAAGGUAAUAUCUUCCAUGGUCGAUGAUAAUGGCUAUUAUGCAAGACUAGUUGCCCCCUUUUUAAUUUUUUUAUCUCAUUUGUUAAUGCUUUCCCUCCCCCCCCCCCUCCUAAAAUAUUUAUUAAAUUCUUAAAUUCAGUAUUAGAUACUCAUUGCCUUUUUAAUUUUGCUUUGUGAAUAUAUAUAUAUAUUGUUUUAAUGGAAAGUUAAUUGAGCCUUAAAGAAUUGUUACAGACUUUAUCUGUGUAUUUUUACUGUGUCAGUGCUGCUUUGUUUUGAUUGCUAACAAUCAACCUCUUCUUCGUUGUUGGCUGGGCUCUGCUGUUUCUUUCUGUACACCAGGGCAUUCCAAAACGGCAUGAUCCAGAUCGGAUUUACUCUUGGCAGCCAGGAAUGACGGGAUACCGUGUUGAGCUCUGUUGGGAAUGAAAGCCUUUUCUCAUUGAAGUCGACAGAGGAUAUUGCCGUGAUUCUGGCAAGUUGUUGUUUGGAGAGGGUUAGAGACGAUCCGAGGUAACUUUGCAGGUUAAAUUUUUACGGAAUGUAGAGGGGGGGAAAUGAAGGUUAGUAUAAGUUUCCCAGUGCAUGCCCACUUUAAUCCGAUUCUGUUAAAACUGCAGUGUUAAAUUUUUGAACAGUCUCUCCAUCGGGUAGAGACAGAAUUUCUCGACACAUUCCGAACACAGUUGAAACGCUUCUCGAGGCUCAUGUAAAAACCUGCGUUCUGCUGAGAUCGCCCCCUAGUGUUUUGGCAGCCCAUGCGCAGCCUUGUGCGCCGGUGAAUGUGGAGGUGGUGGGAGACUUUUACUGGCUCUGCACUAAAGCCAGUCUGGAUCAUGCCUGGAGUUGCUGCCUCUGGAAAAGUGAACCAGCUGAGACCGUGUUGUGUGUCUGCUGGCUACUUUUGGUCAGGUCUUGUAGAUUACUAGUUAGGUUAGUGUAAAGUUUCUAAUAAAAUUUAAUUUUAUAGCCA